UUAAUUAAAUAUCUACCGUACCGGACAACUAUUGUACCUGCCACGUACGCUCAUCUGUACCUCUCGAAAACCUUCCGCACCGUACCCUCAAUCCCCCCUAUAUUUAUACACACACAGCUCCCCACUCCUCUUUCUCACUCUACAAUUCAUUCCACUUUCUCUCUCUAAAAAUCCCCCAAAAAACCAGAUUCAAUUUAUAUUUCCUCUCCCCAUAAAAAUGAAGAAGCUCAUGAGGAAAAUCUCCAAGGUCACCGAUUCCUCGCAGUACUGCCUCCUCCGAUCCGAUUCAAUUGCGGCGGCGCGUUCCGGCCGAGCGGCGUCGUUUCGGAAGAGGUCCGGCGGCGUGCCGGGCGGCCACCUCCCGGUCUACGUCGGCGAGGAGAUGGAGCGGUUCGUGGUGAGCGCCGAGCUGCUCAACCACCCGAUCUUCGUCAACCUUCUCGAUAGAUCGGCGCAGGAGUACGGCUACGAGCAGAAAGGCGUGCUGCGGAUCCCCUGCCACGUGUACUUAUUCGAGCGCGUGCUCGAGACGCUCCGCGCCGGUGGGGAGGCGCGUGACCUGAUGGAGCUGCUAGUGCUGGCCGAUGAGUUGUGAUGCUCUUGGUGUAUGAUACGACGCCGUGUGGGGAUUGUUAGUGAACGGUAGUGUUUAGUUUAAUUACUCUACUUAAUUAAUUAAUUAGGCGACGGAGAUGCUGCCAUGUGGCAGCUCUAUAACUCUUUAGAUCAGUUUUUUUUACCUUUUUACCUUUUUUUUACCGCUGUAAAUACUUUGUGUUGAACGAAGUGGAUUUUUGAGGCUUAAAUGUUGUAGAAUAUAUAUAUAUUAUAUAUAUAUACACAUUUGAUUAUGUA